UCCAGCCGGUUGCGGUUCGUGGACUCCACGAAUCAACGGGGCUUUUUAGUCGUACCGACCAAGUAAUCCAACGCACUCCACUCACUCGUCGUCGCGUCUCACGAACAGCUGCUAAAACGGACGGCUGUGCGCGCGCUUUGGCUUUCGUUUCGGUCCUCUGUGUGUUUUUGCGUGUCUUUGCGUGUCGGUAGAAAAAAACGAAAACGAAAAGCAAAGCGAAGUGUGUUUGAAAUAAACGCCGCGACGCGACGUGUGUUGGCCUGUGUUUGCAAAUACAAAAGUAAAAACAUCAAAAAGUGUCGUCGCAGCAGAGGCGGAAACAACGGCGGCAGCGGCAGCAACAAAAGCAACAACGACAACAACAAGAGUGCAUUGAUUGCAUUUCUGCCCGCCCCAACGCCAGCCCACUGCACAAACGUCAUCCACGCCUAAUUGUUGUUGCGCUCGCCGCGGCGGCGGCGUCUUCUUGAAGGUGGAACCGACUGUGAGAGAGCGAAUGUGUUUCAAUGAUGUUACUGCCUUCGGGGCGUUCGAAUAGUGAUGUCUAUCCGCUACAAAGUGCCAACAGCAGCACAACAGCAGCCUCAGCCUCAGCCGGAGCAAAGCCCUUGCUACUGACACGAACAUCAUCGCCACAAUUGACAGCGUUGCCCACAACAAAUGGCACCAACGCCCACACGACACUUACUCGCCCACUGAAUGGUGUAGCAGGAGCAGGAGCAGGAGCCGUCGCCGGAAGUCCGUCACAGUCGCAGUCACAGUCCGGAAUACAGCCGAUAACAACAGGAGGAGGAGCGGUAGCAGCAACAGGAGCAGCAACAACGGCAGGAGCAACGGAGGCGACAACAACGGAGCCUGUCAGCUGUGGAAUUGGGGUCGGCGCUGGCCCUGCCACUGCCACUGGCACUGGCACUGGCAUCUAUGGGCCACUUUUGGGUCAAAGCCAUCUACAUGGACAUGGAAGUAACGCUGUUGGCGUUGCCGGAAAUUGGUCCGAAAUUGAUGGACACUUGGAGACAAUACAGGAGAAGCUAAAGCUUGGCUGGACCGUGCAUUCGGGCAAGGAGGGAAGACUCUAUUAUUGCAAUCACUUGGCACAAACAUCGGGCUGGCUGCCCGCCUGCGAGGAUUGGAGCAAGCAUGAGGAGCUCUCCUAUGGCUGGGAGCGUGCCAUAGACUCCAAGGGUCGUUCCUACUACAUCAACCAUUUAAACAAGACGACCACGUAUGAGGCGCCCGAAUGCAUACGCUGGGACGAGCAUCCGCCGGAGCCGCGACUCGUCCACCUGCAGCGGAAUGCCAGCCUGGGCUUUGGCUUUGUGGCGGGCAGCGAGCGGCCCGUUAUCGUGAGAUUCGUGACAGAGGGCGGUCCCAGCAUUGGCAAGCUGCAGCCUGGCGAUCAGAUACUCUCGGUGAACGGGGAGGAUGUCAAGGACGCGCCACGGGAUCAUGUCAUCCAGCUGGUGCGUGCCUGCGAGUCGCAGGUCAGUCUGCUGGUCUGCCAGCCCAUGGCGCACUGCAUCCUGCCGGGCCGCAAGUCCACGCUGCUGUCGGCGGGCAAGCGGGCCAAGCUGCGAUCGCGUCCCAGUCGCGUCCGAUUCGCCGAGAGUGUGUGCGUCAAUGGGGCGCCACUGUUUCCGCCGUCGGCUUUCUCGCUGGGCGAUAUAUGCGUGCCGCCGAUGGCCAAUGUGCUGAAGGUGUUCCUCGAGAAUGGACAGACCAAGUCCUUCAAAUACGAUGCCACCACCACGGUGCAGGAUGUGGUUAGCUCGCUGCUGGACAAGCUCUGUCUGUGCUGCGGUGAGCUCUUCAGUCUGGUCCUGGAGCAUGUGAAGAGCCUCAAGAGGAACAAGCUCACCCUCUUGGAUCCCCAAGAGUCCUUGGCCAGGAUUGCUGCUCGCCCGGGUGCCCACAAGCUGCGCUGCCUGUUUCGCAUCACCUUCGUGCCCAUCUCGGCCGCCGAGCUGGCCCAGCGGGAUCUCCAGGCCCUGGACUAUCUGUAUAUGCAGUGCUGCAACGAUGUCAACCAGGAGCGCUUCGCACCCGAGCUGCAGCCGGAGCUGGCACUCCGCUUGGCCGCCCUACACAUGCACCAGCACGCCCUGGCCAAUAAUUUCUCACCCGCCAAGCUGACCGUCAAGCUGGUCGAACGCGAGUUUGGACUGGAACGCUUUGUGCCAGUCAGCCUGUUCGAGGGCAUGAAGCGGAAGGAGCUGCGACGCCUGAUCUCCCACUUCUUGAAGCUCAAUGCGGAGAUGACGGGAUCGUCCAGCAAGGUCCUAACACAGCUGCAGGCCAAACUCCAUUAUCUAGAUAUAAUCGCUAGUUUACCAAGUUAUGGAGCCAAAUGCUUCAGCACAAACCAAAGAGAAGGCGUCGAGCGUGUCCUGUUGGUGAGUCCGCGCUUUGGCCUCAGUCAGAUAUCGAGUGCCCGCAAUUCGGUGCAGCCACAGCCGAUUUCGGCCAUCGAGGAAUUUACCCACGUGGUGGUGAAUCGCGAGGACGAUGUGACCUGCAGUGUGUCCAUCUUUAUGCUGGGCGAUCGAGCAGUGAAGUUCAUCAUGGAGGAUCGGGAUGCGUGCGAGUUUAGCCUGGUGCUGGGCGGCUACUAUCGCCUGCUGACGGGCAACAUGCUGAAUCUGCUGAAGGAACGAGACCCCUCGGACGAGGAUAAUGCACCUGGCUUCUUGUCCCAGCACACGGUGCUGCCCGCCGGUUGGAGCUACCUGCUGCCCUACCACACGCGAGCGCACAGCGUCAACUUCCUGAUGACGCCGCCCUACCAUCCCGUGACGCAGCUACACCCACAAGUGGGUGGUGCAGGCCCCCCGCAGGCUCCGUCGCUGCCCUAUGUGAUGGACCUGGAUCUGCACAGUGUUAUGGCCACGGAGCUGCUGGAGGAGGCGGCCAAGGACUCGGGGCUGAGCGACAGCAGCGGCAGCAACUACUGCGAGGGCCGCGUCCAGUCCUCCCAUCAGAUGGCCAGCGUGGAGGCCAAGAACGAGCAGGUGCUGCGCCGUGUCCAGGAGCUGCAGCAUCUCGUCCAGACCUCCGAGCAGUAUCUGAGCGAACAGGAGCAGGGACUCGGCGGCGUCGGCCAGACCAUGGCCGUCCUGGAGUUCGAUUCGGACUGCGACAGCCUCAACAGCAGCAAAGUCUCCUCCACGGAGGAAACUUCGAAUGUCCUGAGUCUGGGCGUUUCUCUGGCCCAGCACAUCUCGAAUCCCCUCAAGCACAGCGACUCGCUGACGCUGCUGGCGGAGACCAUCAGCCACGAUCUGAGCGGCAUCACGCAGGGCCUCAAUGCCAUACCGGAGACGGCGCCAGUGUCCUCCUCGGCACCGGCCACCCCGGCCACGCCCAAACGGAAGCCGAGCCUCUGCAGCACCUCCAGUCCGCGGCCACAGCGGAAGAUGAACGGCUUCAGCCAGCUGCUGAGCGAUCUGCAGGCCCUGGGCACGGACUUUUCGCAGAGCGAAAGCGACUCGGAGUCGGUGGCCUCGCCCGCCCAAUCGCCCACGGCACGGAGGCCACAAAUAAUGCUGCUCCAGGCGGCAGGAGGCUCCGCUGUGCCGGCAUUGGUGGCACCGCCCAAACAGCCGCUCUCGCAGCGCAGCAGCUUCGGGCUGCACAGCCCCGACGGCAGUCACUUCGGGGCCGAAACGAAGGACUACAAUCUGCGGGAGUAUCUGCAGCAGCUGAAGGAGAUCAGCAAUGCCUCGUCGGCGGACACCGAUGUGGCGGCGCGCCAGCUGUCGGAGAUCUACGGCUUCGAGGUGCGCGAGGACACCUUCAUUGAGACGGACACGGAUCUGAUCGAUUUGCGUGCCAUACCGCCGCCCCAGACGCCCGACGAGCUGGAUUCGCUGUCUCUGAUGAAUGCAGCGCCGCCCAAGGGCUUCGAGGGGCGCGCCGAGGAGUUGGACAGCUUCCUGCAGCAGAUAAUGGUGGCACCGCCCACACAGAAAGCAACGCCCGCCAAAGAACUCACCCCGGAGGAGAUUAUGUCCUUUAUUAUCCCACCGCCACCCAAUCUGGAGCAGCAUCAGCAGCCUCCACAGCAGGUGGCACCGGCACCCAUGGAGACGGAAUCCCUGUACAGCAAUUCGGUGCAGGCCAAACGGGAGUUCUUCCAGUCCGUGGCCAAUGGGAACAAUAACAUCAGCAGCAUCAGCAGCAGCAGCAAGGAGCAGUCACCGCAUGUCAUCGAGUACGCCACCGUGGAGCGGAAGAGCAAAUUUAGCUGCUGUCCCACCACCAAAAAGGAGGAGGCACCCACUCCGACAGCAGCAGCAGCAGCAGCUGCAGCACCGCCCGAGGUGCAGCCACCACCCAGGACACCCACCGCUGAGCAGCUGUCGCCGCCGCCCGCAAGACCACCCAAAAGCGCAGAGCUGCUGCAGCGCUACUCGCCCAAAAAGCAGGUGAGGAUUAUGGCCACACACCAGCAGCAGCAGCAACAGCAACAGCAACAGCAGCAGCAGCAGCAGAGGGACAACAGCAGGGGACCGCCACAACUGCCACCUAGAGGCAGUCCCACCUUCGAUACGCAGCAGGCAACAGCCACAGCGGCUGCCAUGAUGUCGGUGAGUGGUCCGAAGAAACCCCCACUGCCGCCCAUUGCCAGUCGCCCGCGUCCAACGAAUGGCAUGUCUCCAGCACCACCUAGUCCUGCACUACCACCCGCCCACUACUCACCGCCCAUACCGGCCACGACACGCCUACCCAAUGCUCAUUCCAAUGGCCAUCAGCAACAGCAGCAGCAGCAACAGAUGCAGCAGCAGCAGGUUCCUCUCGUACCAAAGAAGCCCCAGCAGCUGCACGGAGAGAAGCUCUUCCUGAAGAAUGGCCACCUGAUCGAUGGCGAGGCGCUGCUGGGCAAAACGGAUGUGGCCAUGGCCGGACUGCUCAUCCGACUCGAUCAGGUGGCCGCCCAGUGUUCGGUCGCACAGUCGGCGGGCGGUGGCACCAGCAUUGAUGAGGAGAAGUUCCAGCGGGCACGCAACGAGCUGACGGAGCAGACACUGGCCCUGGUGACGGCCAGCAAAUUCCUGGUGGCCUCCAUGUCGGACAUGACGCUGAUUACGCUGCCCGAGCAUUUGACCUCCUGCCUGACGGCCAUACGACGGAUCACGGAGCUGGCACAGGACAUGACGCGGCACACAUCGGCACCGCUGCAGACGCGAAAUAUCGUGCUGAAGGUGCACGAUGUGGCGAGCAGUUUCCGGGAGCUGGUGGGUGUGCAGAUGGGUGCGAUUGGCGCCGGACAGUUGGCGCUGCAGGCCGAGUGCCUGGCCAAUGUUCUGGCCACUCUGCUGCGAUCGUUGCGGGUGUUCUCCCCAUAGCCCAGCGGAAGUACAGGCGCCGGAUCCAGUCCCAACCCUGACAUAUCGCACGCUCGUCUAUCGACGCAACUCUCUCUAUGUAAAUCCCUAAACACAACCUACAUCUAGGAUGGCAGCUGCAGCCCCACAACUACUACUUUAUAUGUGUAUCCCCCCAAUAUAAUACGUACGAUAUAUAUCAUCUCUCUCGAAACUAUUUUACAGGUAAAGAGCAACGUCAGAGAGUCGGCGGUCUGAUGGCUCUUUAGGCUUAAUAUCAGCACUGGAACAUGGAAGCUCAAACGAUGCGGAUCGUCUGUCUGUGUGUGUGUGGUAUGAUGGAAUAUGGCUAUAGAAGUGGCAUGUGGCUUUGUUUUGUAAUUUUAGCAAUAUAUUAUGACAUCUGGGAUUAUGUGAAGGUAUCUCGCUGCAGUUCAAAACUCUUCAAUCAUUCAAGCAUCUUAGUGAAGUUUCCCCAAAGCAUUUAUUGUUUAUUUAGUUAUCUAUUUUUGUGUGCAAUCUGUGGAGCAAUUUCUUUGUAAUUCAUUCAGUUUUUGUGUGUUUUUAGAUGUUUUUAAAUUCAAAGUUUUAUAUUUUUAGAAUUCAAAUAAAUGGGAAUAUCUUUGA